AUGGGCAUGCUCUUCAGCACAGAUGGUCUGAUCUAUGUGGUGGACAGUUCUGACCGUGACCGAAUCCAAGAUGCCAAGGAAGAAUUGGACAAGAUGCUGCAAGAGCAGGAGAUGGAGAAUGCUGUGCUGCUGGUCCUUGCCAACAAGCAAGACUUGCCCAAUGCAAUGACUGCUGCUGAAGUCAUGGAGAAGCUGGAACUGCAGAAACUUCGACAUCGGAAAUGGUUCAUUCAAUCCACGGUCGCUCCCACUGGCGAUGGCCUCUAUGAGGGUUUGGACUGGCUUUCCCGAAGUCUCUGCUCCCGCACAGAUGGUCUGAUCUAUGUGGUGGACAGUUCUGACCGUGACCGAAUCCAAGAUGCCAAGGAAGAAUUGGACAAGAUGCUGCAAGAGCAGGAGAUGGAGAAUGCUGUGCUGCUGGUCCUUGCCAACAAGCAAGACUUGCCCAAUGCAAUGACUGCUGCUGAAGUCAUGGAGAAGCUGGAACUGCAGAAACUUCGACAUCGGAAAUGGUUCAUUCAAUCCACGGUCGCUCCCACUGGCGAUGGCCUCUAUGAGGGUUUGGACUGGCUUUCCCGAAGUCUCUGCUCCCGCGAGCAAGGGGCAUGA